AUGCCAUCCAAUCUCAACCAAGACAUCUCUUCUGGCUUGUGCUUCAGAGACGUCGAGGAUCGAGCAAGUGAUGGAUUCAUUCCCUGCGGCAACGCGGCCCUAGGUCACAAAUCCUGCUGUCAAGCGUUUGACGUGUGCCUCUCUUCCAACGCUUGCUACAACGGCGAAUACGGUGUCACCUACAUCGCAGGCUGUACAGACAUUGAUUAUGAAGAUGAUAGAUGUCCUGACAAACCGGAGGACUACGAAGAUGAAAGUUGGGUGGGCCUGGUGUAUUGCAAUGGUUCGUCCAAUGCAUGGUCUUGGUGUAUCAACGGACCUGAUGCCAUCACUACCCCAAAACCCUGCUGGUGCCCCAGGGAAGAUACCGAGUCGCACAUUGCCUUCCACGCGGGCUCGGUUCUCGACAAUAUCAUGAUACUUCCUCGAUCAACUGGAAUGAGUGUUUACUGGGUUGAUAUGGACGAAUAUGAGGAACAGCUUGGCAUUGCUAUAUCCAUGUCUCGAGAAGCAGAAUCAUCCAUGUCGACAAAAGGCUCUGUGUCAACCAAGACCGAAACCAAGACUUACACCAUCGCCCAAGCGUCUGAUGGCACAUGGAAGUUUGUGACGAGAACUACGGUGUGGACGGACCUUUCGGGCGAAUCUACCACAUCAUCUGCCUCGACGGCAACUUCAGCGACAGAAGCUUCCGACACCUCCAUCCCUGCAUCCCAGACCACAGACUCGUCGGCGCAAGCGACACUCGCCUCAGAAGGAGGUUUGUCAAAGAGUUCAAUAGGUGGAAUUGCCGCUGGAGCGGGAGCUGGAUUUCUCAUCAUCUGUCUCCUUGUCGGAUGGCUCUUUUACCGAUACAGAUUGCGGAAUCGAGAUGAGGGACAUGAUCAAGAUGGAUUCAAGUCGCCCUCACCAGAAGUCUCCAAGAGCAAUGGACCAAGUUCAUUUUCUGUCAUACGCCCACAUCCUGUAACCACAGCCACGACCACCACAACUACCCUACAUGACGAUGACGAAAUGAGAAGUCCGGCAUGGUCCGGCCACAAACCAGAAUUGCCAGCCAACGAGAGCUUCGCCAUGUCCAACAUGACUUCGUACAAGCCCUACAGACCUCAAAGCUCAACCACGGCUUCAUAUCAGGCAUGUUCGGUACCUGGAAGUUCUGACGAUGUCGAAGGGGAUGGAAGUCCGUUUCCUGUUUCGCCUCCACCUGCUAGACCGGCGCAGGAUGGUUCUUUGCAUCGGGUGGGUCAGUCGGGCAGAUACUAUGAAAUGGCAGGAUGAAGGCAAGCCACAUGGAGUGCCAGAAAGCCAUGUUGGGACCACACCAAAGAUCGGUGGAAUGAUUACCGCUACCAAUAGCCUGGCGAUGGUCUUCAGAAUUUGAGAGCUGAGAGCGUGAUUUGGAGGG